AUGCCCCUUACAAACACGAAGACGGAGACCACAGCUAAAGUAGUACACCUCACAAACCCGCAAAACAAGCCCGAUAUCCUAACCAUAUAUAAUAACAAUUACAAUCACACUUAUUUCGGGUUCGUUAACCCCUCCGGCUGCUGGGAUAACAAGAGACGUAGCGAUGUGAAACGGGCCAUCGGAAGGCAAGGCCACGCCAUGAAUCAGGCUGCGGUGAUCAAUUACGGAGGAAACUCGAUGCUGGUUCUCGGUAUCAUCAUCGGGGCAUUGGCUUCUGCGUUAUUCCGAAUGCGAAAGUGA